AUGGAAGAUGCGGUCACCUCCAACCCAGCUCCUCCCAACAUCAUCGAUCUCCCAGACAACGACGAAGACGAGCCACAGAGGCCCUUGGGAAGAAGAAGCAGGAAAACGUCCACUGGCAAGACGCCUCAGUCGACGCCGGUGGCGGAACAGGUAAUCCAGGAAGCCGGCGACGCCAAUCGGACCUCCGUCACCUUCGCCAUACCACUGUCGAGUGCUCAGCCUUCAGCGUCAGCCGCGCAGACUCCCGCCGAUCCACCUUCACUUUUUGCUACACAUCACGUCCCAGAGGACCAGAAAUCUUGUGAACUCGGAGUUCUUUUUGCUGAAUUGGAGAAAAAACAGAUUCAGCUCAACCUCAAUCUGGAACUGGCCAAGACAAAUCUGCAGAAGGCCAAGGAUGAAGCUGCUGAGAAAAUGAAUCAAGCUUUGGCGAAAAAGGACCAAGAUCUUGCGGCCGCCCAGAAACCCAAAUCAGGCCACAAGGACAGAAAGAGGAGAAAGACAAGUGGAAAAGAAUUGGCAGCACCAACAGUUGACGAAGAACAGCAAGAAACAAACGAAGAGAAAUGCCAAAUCAAGGCAGGGGCAGCAUUCGCUCAUGUCAAGAAAGCAUGGAAUUUACUUAAAGACCGUCACAAGCAAGAUAUUAGGACGGCAGGAUUUGGCAGCAUAGAGAACUGCAAAAUAACGGGCUCCAUCUGCAGACCACUUGCAGCACACAUCUACGAUAACCUGGACACAGAAAGCAUGACAAUAAUCUUCGGUGAUGGUACCGAAGACAAGAAAAUCAAGAUUACCAAGGAAGCUAUACACAAGGUGUUUGGAUACCCAAACGGCACGGAAAAGUCAGCACCAAGGCCAGCGAAGAGCCCAACUUCAAUGAAAGAACUGAUGUCAGACCUUCGCUUCAAACAUACAAAUUUCAUGCCAAAAGAACUUUUCACGGAGCUAAAAAAAUUGGUGGAACUAGAUGACGAACUGUCAAACAGGAAAUCAAUUAAAAUAUUUUUCCUUAUUUUUUUCCACAACAUUGUCUGCGGGUCAAGCGCCGCUAUCUUCGCCCGACAAGCUAUAAUGGUAGAGGACGUGGACUAUCCAGAAAUGGCAAAGAUGGAUUUCUACGAGGUAAUCGUCAAAAGAAUUAAGGAAGGAGCCAAGAUAUGGCAGAACCACAGAAAUUUGCCUCAGGAAGAAAAGAACAAAAAGCAUGUCAAUGGUUUGGCACAGGGGCCAGUAAUCAUGUACCUCGACUCCCUGCUGCUGCCAACCGACACAAAAGAAAUGCGGAAGAUUGCAAAGACAAUGGACAAGACCUCAUUACCACGAGCAAACCAUCUCAAAGAGAGUGACCUAGCGAAAAUAGCUAGAGCAGACAUGAAAAGGGACGGAAAAGCACGACCAGAUGACUAUGAAUUUGGCAAAAUACAGGAACGUACCAAUAGCACGCCAGGCCAAGAUGAACUCCAACAGCAGGAUGGUGUCAACAACCCCAAAAACAAGAAUGAACGCAACAAACAAAGCAACCUCACAACAGACAAUGCUACAACAACAACUACCCCAACACAAGCACAAGAUACGAUCGACGUCAGAACCUGUGAAGAGGCUCAGCUGGAGAACAAUCAAGUCAGCAGCCCCGCCAACCAGAUGCAAGAGGCUGACCCACAAUCAACCGUUAGCAUAACAAACGACAAAGAAGAAGAAAACAACGAAGAGGAGAUCACCAUCACGAGUACAAAGGAGAAAGCUCAAGACAUCCCAGCCGAUGAGAAACAAGAGACUGUUAUACCUGACAAAGAAACAGUCCAUGCAGGCACGAAUAACCCAGUCAUCAACAUGGAGGAAACAAACGAGUACGCUGAUCUCGAAGAUCAAGAACUUCAAACAACAACAUCUGAAGAGGAAGAGGAAGCAAGCGAAAGCACUGGCAUAGACAUUCAACAAGAAAAACAAGAGGACAACACAAGACAAGGAGAAGCCGUAGUUCCAGCAGUAGACAGUCCUGCAACUCCAGAGAAAGAGCUGCAAGAAAAAAACAAGGUCAGUGUUGAUGAACAGCAAAAUAAAGAGCAAGAGAAGGACCCAAAACCACCACUGAACGAAGAAUCAGCAGUAACAACAACAAAUACAGAGAGAGAGGAGACCAAUGAGCAAAAGGAGGGCAUUGAAGAAGGGCAACAUGUUCUUCAAAAGGCAGACAUCAACGUCACAGAAGACCAAGCCCCAAAAUAUUCACUCACCGAAAAACACGCAGCAGAGACGGCAGCAGCGACAACGACUGAAAAGCUACAAGACAAAAACGAUGGCAGCGGCGAUGAACUACAAAAGAAAGAAGAAGAAGAUGCCCAAAAACCUCCACUCAACGAAGAACAAGCACAACAUUCAGCAGCAGCAACGAGAACAGUAGCAGAGACAACAGAAGCAGCAACGACUGAGGAGAAACACGAAGAAGGUGACCACGAAGAUACAAGCAAUGAAGCAGACACACACAUUGUUCCAGAGAAAGAAGCAGAAACCAUCGAAGAAAACCCUACACCGUCGUACGAUGCCAAUUCCCCUGGCAGAGAGGUCAGUGCCAACCAGGUCGAGACUGAAAAACAAGACGGAAAAGACCACCGGCAAGACACGACGGUUGACAAGGAAAAACAUGAUGCCAAGAAAGGCACAGACGACUCAAAUGAGGAUGGAGCAGAAACUGAACAAAAGGGCACAAUGGAGGAAGGGGACAAAGAUAGUGAUUCCGUCAACAAAGCCAUCGAAGACCUGUACAAUGUUGUAUGCAAGCCAUGGACACAAAGAGAAAUGGAUGAGCUUUUCAUUACAAUGAACAAGUUUGAUGUCAAUCUAGGCCAUGUCGCCGAAAGCUUCAAGGUCGAUAUGCUGAAGUAUGAAGUCGAUAUGGGAGACAAAGAAAUGCAACAGACAGAGUGUUACGUACUAGAAGAGUUUCCGCCAAAUCCCGAGCCAAAAGAACAUAUUAUGCAUGUGACAACCACAAAAGAGCAUGAAGUUAUUGAUGUAUCCAGUAAACACAAAGAGGUUAUGGAUGUCAGCAGUCACGCCGUCGCCCAAGAAUCUUGCACAGACCACGAAGAAAAGGAUCCACCAAUAGAACCAGAUCAACCACCACCAGACGACAAGAUACCACACCAUGCUGAAGAGGAAACGGACGAGCAAAAUAUCAACAGCAAUAUCCCGAGCACAGAGCAACUAACAGGCACUGAUUUAAAAGGGGAUGUCAGAAGCAACGACGUACCAAAUACACAACAACAGGUUUCUGAGCAGAAGAAACAGCCUGUUCUUCUUCAAGAAGAAACAGGCUCGAGAAGCAAUCAGCAAGGCACCUCCAGCACCAUCCCUCUAGACUUCCUAAAACCCAAAACAAUGGAAAAGCAAGAAGAAGUUGAUGAAUUUCUUUCAAGCCUUAACCCGCUCUAA